GAGAUGCGCGGGCGUGUACACUAUCAUGGCUGAUUUUUUUCCUUCGAAACGAAGAGCGAGUGAUCCAUACAUGGUAACGGUGAGAAGACUGGCUUACGCGUUGCAACGCGUAACCCACCCUACCUGCUCUCCUGUCGCCACUCGUUCGCCUUCCGUUCUUUUCUCCUGCUUUUAUCCGCAAUAUUUGGGUGUGUACGUCUGUGACUCACGUAUCGACUUUUCUCCCAGCCAACUUCGAAUAAGCAGGGUGGGUUUAAGGCACACCCAUCAUCCAGCUAAGGGUAGAAAAGAUAUAUAUCAUUGGCCUGCAAUUUUGGCGAAUCGAAAUUUUGUCAACGAUGUCACAUCCGCAAAAGUUGGAGCGCAGAAUCAUAGAGCAGUUGGCAACGCUGCUGACGUUGGCUGGUGAAAAGGUGGCGGGGCUUAGACGCCGACCAAUCAUAAGCAGUAUUCGCAUCUCCCCACGUCGCUCCCCGCGGUCGUGCCGAAGCUUGAAAAUCUGUAACGGACGCCGCUUCCAGGGCAUAUUCGUUUCUGGGCUCUCGUGACGAGUUAGCGUGUAUCUCGUCGUUAGUUCGAUAAUCGCAGUAUACUUUGAAAAAGUCCA